GUCUGCGGACUAUAAAAGCUCCUGGCCCUCCCGGCAGCUCACGCUGCUGACUAUCGCCCAGCAGGACUCCGCCAUGGCUGCUAAAAAAUCUCCCGAGGAACUCAAGAGGAUUUUUGAAAAAUAUGCGGCCAAAGAAGGUGACCCGGACCAGCUGUCCAAGGAGGAGCUGAAGCUGCUGGUCCAGGCUGAAUUCCCCAGUCUGCUCAAGGGCCAAAGCACCUUAGAUAAUCUCUUCAAAGAACUGGACAAGAAUGGUGACGGAGAAGUCAGUUUCCAAGAAUUCCAAGUGUUCGUAACAAAGAUCUCCCAGUAAAGAUGGAUCCAACGAGCAGGCCAGGGACUUCGUGCAGCUUCUGUAGAAGCCACACUGCCUCCGGCUGAGUUCCUUACAAUCGGAUGACCCGGUCCUGUUUCCGUCAAUAAAGAACUUCCCAGACAGACACCGCUGUCCUUGUUGGGUAUUGACUGACAAAUUCAGCGGAU